CAAUCACGCCGCUUGUUAGGGGUUAUCAUUAAAUAUCCAGCGAACGUUCCCUCAUAACGGUUCAAAUAUAUUGCAAAGUAUACGAACUACAAAUGGAACUUGAACACGUUAUCACGUGUAGAUUACGAUAGUGCGGUUUCUAAACGUCACCGAUAUUCGCCAUUGAACGGUAUUACGAACGCACCUGGCAUUCGAACGGGGCAGAUGUUUUCAAUGAUGGUACUCGCAACUAGCAAGCGCGCAGCGUUAUCCAAUUAAACUCGUGGAUAGUUCAAAGUGAAUAAGAAUGGAUUGUAAAUAAUACUAGCUAGCACCGGUAUCAAUCGUCCGUCCGUCGUGUUCUUGCACGCGACUGCAAGUUUGACAGUACACGACGUAGGGUGGGGGCCGUAGUGUGCAGCCAUAUUGGCUACUUGUGACUUUUGGGAGGAAGCAAGCAAAAAAUAACUCAACUUUUCUCGUUUCUAUACGAAAAAAAUGUUGCCUUCUAGAAUUUUUCAUUGAUUUCUCAUACUGCUGUUAUCACCGCGACCACAAUUACUGUGACACGUGUGAUCAUUUGUACAAGGUUAUUCUUUUUUACGGAAAAUGAGUUUCUUUGGAUUCGGCCAAUCGGCUGACAUAGAAAUUACUUUGGAUGGUGCAGAAACCAGAAAGUCUGCAGACAUCAAAUCCGAAGAUGGAAAAAAAGAGCGCCACUUGUUAUACUAUGAUGGGGAAACGGUCUCUGGAAAGAUCAAUAUUAGCCUUAGGAAAGCUGGUAAAUUAGAACAUCAGGGUGUAAAAGUAGAAUUUAUUGGACAGAUAGAAUUAUAUUACGAUAGAGCGAAUCGUCAAGAAUUCACAAGCCUGGUUAAGGAAUUAGCCAGGCCAGGUGAAUUGACGCAUAACACUGUAUACACUUUUGAGUUUGCCAAUGUAGAAAAACCAUUUGAAAGUUAUACAGGGUCUAAUGUGCGGCUAAGAUAUUCCCUGAAAGUGACAAUUGUCCGAAGACUUAGUGAUAUUGUUAAAGAACUUGAAUUAGUCGUGCACACUCUUAGUUCCUACCCUGAUAUGAAUAAUCCUAUUAAGAUGGAAGUUGGAAUUGAAGACUGUCUGCAUAUCGAAUUUGAGUAUAAUAAAAGCAAAUAUCAUUUAAAAGAUGUCAUCGUUGGAAAAAUAUAUUUUCUUUUGGUUAGAAUAAAAAUCAAACAUAUGGAAAUUGCCAUAAUAAAACGGGAGACUACAGGUUCUGGACCACAUACAUUCACGGAGAAUGAAACAAUAGCCAAGUAUGAAAUAAUGGAUGGAGCACCGGUCCGUGGUGAAUCUAUUCCAAUAAGAGUAUUUCUAGCAGGGUAUGAUUUAGCACCCACAAUGCGUGACAUUAAUAAGAAAUUUAGUGUUAGAUACUAUCUUAAUUUAGUCCUUAUGGAUGAGGAAGAUCGCAGAUACUUCAAACAGCAAGAAAUAACACUGUGGAGAAAAGGCGAGAAAAGUAGAAAAUCUCAAACAGCUUCACCUCAUAUGCCAUCACACUUAGUCUCUGCAGAAACGGGAUUCCCACAAGGAGCAGCUCAAAAUGGUCCACCAUCCGUGCCAUCCUCAGUACCUUCAGGGCAACUGCCACCCAGUAAUAUUACCAGUGUAGAAGAUACACCAGCUCCAAUAGAAGGCAUGACACGCGAGGAAGGCGAUGGUGAAGGUGAAAAAGAAGUUAACCCCGAAAGUAACUGAAUGUUUACGUAUGAAGCAGUUAUAUUGAAUACGAUGGAAAUCUUACUAGUUCAGGAAAUCGAUAACAACGUUGAAGAAUGAUCAUCAGAAUGGAAAACUAGUAGCAUUGAACAGAAUUUCUCCUGUAUGUAAAGAGAAAUUGAAUUUUAAGAACAGCGAGAAACGACAACACCUGCGGGCGAAGUUGUAAAUAUUUUGGAUACCUAUUAAUAAUGCAGGUGAUAAAUCGAAUAAGUAGCCAAUUAUCGAUCAAAAUUUCAGAUUAUUGAAA